UCGUUCGGUUUCAAGGGGCAUUCGCCGGAACUCGGACUAAGCUAUGGUGAUCGUCCUUUUCCUCCCCUCGUCUCCCUGUAUGGUCGGAUUGGCCUCCAUCGUUACAAUUUGCUUCAGGAUACAAAGUUUCGGCUCGAGCGCAUGGUGAAGUAUGUUUCCACAAUAGGUUCUCCUGCUCGCUCUUACUACAUCACUCUGAAGGCGGUGGAUGGCUCUUCGCAUAAUAUUUUUGAGGUUAAAGUAUCAGAAGACAGAGUUAACGCAUUUGCUCUCAUGUGCAAUAUUGCAAGAAUUCGAGGGGAUACAAGCCCUUUGAAAGGAGUGAUUCUUAUGGAUGAUAGCUUGCCUGAGUGGCCGCCACAAGAGGAUCCUUUUGAAAAACAUUACCUGGCGAAGGAUUCAGAGCUCGCAGACAAUGACGAGUGGAUUCGUCUGUACGUGAAGCUUGCUGUUGCCAAAUCUGGUCGUGCCAGUGAAAUCGACUUUGAGAAUCUCAAGGUGGCGAUGGAUGCGAGUGAUGAGGGGCUCAAUGCCAAGAAGGCAGAUUUCUACAUAAGGUACAGGGACUUGCACGAGGAUCACGAUCACGUUACCAUCGUUAGAAGAUCGUUUGUUCAGGAUAACGGAAUCUUGAAUCUCGUGGGUCGGACUCGGAGCUUAGAAAGUAUACCAGAGAAGCCUACGUUUGCUUGCUGA